UUCUGUAUAUUUUUAGCAACCCGUUCACGGUCACACUGUGUUGUGCCAAAAUACAACGCGCUUUUUAUUGUUGUUUAUAAAAAAAAAGUAACACAUCAACCACAUCAAUUUCAACGGUAACGACAUGGAUAUCAUAUUGGCCAACGUCAGCACCCUGCAGUUCAAGGCAGAGCGCGACCUCAUCGAACAGGUGGGCGCAAUACCGCUUCCCUUCUAUGGCAUGGACAAAUCCAUCGCCGCUGUCUGCAAUUUCAUCACAAAGAAUGGCCAGGAGUGCGACAAAGGCACUGCGUGCCCCUUCCGGCACAUCCGCGGCGAUCGCACCAUCGUCUGCAAGCACUGGCUGCGCGGUCUUUGCAAGAAGGGCGAUCAGUGCGAGUUCCUGCACGAAUACGACAUGACCAAAAUGCCAGAGUGCUACUUCUACUCCCGUUUCAAUGCCUGCCACAAUAAGGAAUGUCCCUUCCUGCACAUCGAUCCGCAGAGCAAGGUGAAAGACUGUCCUUGGUACAAGCGCGGCUUCUGUCGUCAUGGACCGCACUGCCGGCAUCAGCACUUGAGGCGUGUGCUCUGCAUGAAUUAUCUGGCUGGCUUCUGUCCCGACGGUCCUAACUGCAAGCACAUGCAUCCGCGUUUCGAGCUGCCUCCACUUGCUGACCUAAGCAAAGAUCAGCUGCAUAAAAAACUGCCCACGUGCCACUAUUGUGGAGAGCUCGGGCAUAAGGCGAACUCAUGCAAACAGUAUGUCGGCAGCCUGGAGCACCGCAACAAUAACAUCAAUGCAAUGGAUCAUAGUGGAAGCAGUGACAACAAUGAUGAAGGUGGAGUACCGAAUCAUCCGCCACCACCGUUCCAGAAGACGCCUACGCCGCUGGAGGAGAUCACCUGUUACAAGUGCGGUCACAAGGGACAUUAUGCCAACAAGUGCCCCAAGGGCCAUCUGGCCUUCCUCUCAAAUCAACAUAGUCAUAAGUAAUGUUAAAGUUAAGAAGAGUCGUAAAGUAACAACAAACAUCUUGUGUGUACAUUUAAGAAUUCAGUUAUUUGCGCAAGAGGCGUCCGAACAACGAUAACAUUGUUGGAACGAUGUUUUUCAAAUUAUUUUAAGUUUUACGAAUGUCGAUGUUUUCACGCCCAGAUAUUGCAAUAAUUAUGAAUAAAUUUAUUAUUGAAUAAAUUCUACUUUUAGAUAAAUUCAAAA